CAAAUGAACCAUUUGAAAGAAUCGAUUCGCGGGAACGAGUCGGACUUCCCAUUACUAGUCAAGUUAGCCAGCUCUUUUGCACAGACAGUUUUAAUUACAUUUUCUCAGUUAUCUCUGUCAAAACGCGGGGAAUAUCUUGGAAUUAACGUACACUGGUCUGUAUUUUCGCACUCUGUCUACAAUUGUUUAUUUGUUAAAACGUUUAAGUUUGUGCAGUGCAGGGCGGUAUGAACAGGAAUGUGAAGCUGGCAUCGAUAAGUGAUCUGUUUUUGCAUCUGAAGCAGAGGGACUGUGAUGUCCUGAGGAUGUAACCGUCAGUUAUUAUUAUCUAUUAAAGAUUUCACGUCGGAGGUAUGUUUGAUUAUCCGGUCGAUAGUGUUUCGCCGUUCGACAUCGACACAGUUUAGCAUAUAAAGUUGUGGAGUCGAUCGGCUUGUUCAGACAUGCUAACCGACGCCGUUUCGCCCGAGGAAAAUAUUUGUAGACCACAAAAUAUAUGAGACCCUACUGCCACAGUGAUAUUUUUUGUUUUUAUUUUUUAAUUUUAAUUUUAAUUAACUUAUCUUCCUGUCAUCGAGUGAUUUGCAAGGGUGUGGUCUGUAAGUUAUGUUCUGGUUAAUUUGUUAAUACAAACACGCCUUAAUACAGGUCUGUUGAGGUGUCAUUGUUUAGAUGCCUUAUAAGUUACUUGUGGCAGUGUAAAACUUUAUAUGUUAUCUUAAAGGGACACCAACCGUCGUUUUUUACUUUUUAAAAGCUAUACUAUUAGAUUAAGAAAUACCUGUUCAUAUGAUUGCUUAAUACUAUAGUUAAUUACAGUUUAAUUAACAAUUAUAUUAGCCUUUUCACAGACUGACACUUUAUUCAUGUUAUAGUUUUUUAAUUUUCCUAUUAGUGCAUUAUAAAGUAAUAGUGCCAACAUGACCGCAGUUGUAGGGCGAGUUUGGGGGUGGGUCAGUCCAGUGAAUCUAUACUCGUCCUGGGGCAGUAAGACCAAACCAGAGAAACCCGUAACAACGGACAGUCAGAUUAAAAGCAGAUGGAGUUUAUGGGGACUUACUGCCUGGGUUUGGAGGGGCGAGAAUACCAAAAAGGACCAAAAGACACAAGCUGAGGAAUUCUGGGAGACCGAAGAGAAUUUUAAGCCUUUGGAAGUAGAAGAGCUUCGGGCGAUGAGUCCUGAUGUUGAGACUGAGAAAGCAGCGGCCCAGAGCUCCUCACGCUGGUGGAGGAGAAUGCUUCCAUCCAGAUACUUCUUUUGGCCCCGGUGGUCGACGUCCACCGGGCUCCGGCAGCAGAAAUGUGCCGGGUGGAAUGAAGGUACAUGGGACUCUGAUGAAGUCGACGGGGAAUCGGACUAUGGGACGCCCCCGCCAUCCCCCACGCCGCUGUCUCGGCAGGCAUCAGCAUUCCGCUUCUUCUCUCGCUCGUGGACGGGUGAAAUUUUGCCUGAACAUUACAACAUUUGCUUUAAUUUCCUCCGCCACCUCUUUGAUUUGUUCGUGGUGGGCUUCCUGAGUACUGUGUCCCCUCCGACCAAGAUCAUUUUGGACGUGCUGGGGGUGCAAGGGGCCCUGAAGCUGUGGCUCCAUGGGAUGGCCAUGUUUCUGGUGUCAUCUGUCGGGAUGGCCGGACUGCUGUGGGCAGUACAGGAGUACCUGCUGCAGUUUGCUUUGAUCUAUGGUAUCGUGCAAGCCCUGGUCAUCUCUGUCAGCGUACGCCAGAGUGAGGCUUUGGCAGAGGGGGAUGAUGGGAAAGGUGACGGUGAGGUCAAUGAGGGUGAGGAGGAACAGGAUGACAUAUGGGAGCAGAACAAGCCACAGCAGACCACUGACGAAAUCAAAAAUGGAGUUAAACAAAGGAGUUGAAGACCUAGGAAAAGUGAGGUAAAACUGGGUUGCUGACAGGCUGAUAGUCCCAUACCUAGAUCUCUCAACACCGACCACCAACAUCUUACAAUGAGCGAUUGAAGCAUUCUACCAGCAUUCUACCAGAAUUUUUUAUUUUUUUUUUCCCAAAACAAUUUUGACAUAGAACACCAGCAGGAGAAGUGGAUGAGUAAAAUACUAGUAUCUACAGCCACAGUGAUAAAACAACAUCUGCCACAGGACAUCAUCUACAAACCUGAAGAACCAGCAAUGAUUGAUUGUCAGGGAAUUUCACUGAGAUUUUCAGUGGAAUAUUGUGUGAUUCUGAAGGCUUAUGCAGUGAAAUGACUAGUUGUUUGUAACAAAACAUUCAUUUUAUAUGGUGAUUAACACCUUUACAACACCACGCUGUAUGUAAUGCAAAUCUGCAUGUGUCACUUUAUUCGUAGCUCGAUGUUGCCUCUAACGGAGUCUCUGGACUGUUCAUUUCUUUAAUGUGCUCUUCUGUGUAAUGGAGAGUCCAUUAUAUCUCUCAUCCUUUAUUCAGUCCAUUAGUCCACUCACGGACAAUCUUAGUGAACUUUUUGAGUGCAAUUGGAUGCUAAAUUUCAGAAAAAUAGCUUAAAACACUUUGUACACACAGCAAACCUGCUCACUACAUUAUUCUGCACUUGUAUUAUUUUCAUUCAUUCAACCUGUUCGUGAAAUCACGACUUCUUUAUGUCAAUAGAACCACUGUGUUUGACAUAUAUUUAUGUUUGCUUCAUUACAGCAUUAACUGCAUGUCUUGAUUGAUUUCAGAUGUAUUGUCAUUCUUAUUUGCUUCAUUUAUAUUUCAGUUGAUUAUCCUAUCUUUUGUGCCUCACGAUAUCUGGUACUUUGGCCAGUUCACAGGGAAUUAUGGGUAAUGAAAUUAGAAGUAAUUUUGCACAACGGCAUACUGAAAGCUUAAUAUCUAAUGCUUUGUUGCACAAACGUGUCUCGCGCUUGUAAGAAUAGCUUUCUCAACCUGAAUGUGUUCCACAGAUAGCGUUUUAUCUAUGCAUGAUACUAUAGAACAAUGAAAAACUUGUGAAAUGCUUUUCUUAUGUUGUGAAUGGCUUUUUUUUUGGUACUGGCUCAUCAAUUUCUUGUUUUUUCAUGUCAGUUAUUUAAGCAUUAAAAUGUAGCGCUAGAUUUGUUGGUUCACUGCAACCUCGGGCAAUGCAAGAAUAUGCGUAACCUUUGAAGGUUCUUUAAAAUGUGUUUUUUUAUUUUUGUAAGUCUAUUGAAGUGCGGGCCACUGCUGAAACCAGACGGCUGUGAAUAGAAAUGUCUGCUGUAGAGUGAAAUGGAUGACAGCUCAAGGAUAGAUGUACCUAGGUUGUGGGACACAUAGAGAUCUACAUCUACAGCUCUUAAGUGCUGCACACUGAGUCUUUAAUAGUCCUUACAUCUAAAAUAAACUUCCUUUUCCCACAUUUCA